ACACACAUUUGCAACAUUUUAUUCCAAUUAUUUCCUUUUCCAGAAUUCACCAGGAGGGUAAGGAACUUCGCUUUGAAUCAAUUUGUGCUGUUCAUUCGGGAUCACUGUCACUUUUUGUGCAAGUGGCCUUGUGAUUAGAGUGUCCGCCCUGAGACUAGAAGCUUGUGAGUUCAAACCCCGGCCGAGUCAUACCAAAGACUAUAAAAAUGGGACCCAUUACCUCCCUGCUUGGCACUUAGCAUCAAGGGUUGGAAUUGGGCGUUAAAUCACCAAAAUGAUUCCCGAGCGCGGCCACUGCUGUUGCUCACUGCUCCCCUCACCUCCCAGGGGAACAAGAUGAUGGGUCAAAUGCAGAAAGUAAUUUCACCACACCUAGUGUGUGUGUCACUAUCAGUGGUACUUUAACAUUAACUUUUUUUCACUUUUCAGAUGAAGAUGAGGAACAAGGAGAAGGAGGAGAACGACCCAAACACAAGCCGGUGGUCACACAGAUCGCUGCCCCGAAGAUCCCUGAGGGAGAGAGGGUUGAUUUUGAUGAUAUCCACAGGAAGAGGAUGGAGAAAGAUCUUCUGGAGCUCCAAACCCUGAUUGACGUCCACUUUGAGCAGAGGAAGAAAGAGGAGGAGGAGUUGAUCGGGCUCAAAGACAGAAUUGAGAGUCGCCGAGCGGAAAGAGCCGAGCAGCAGCGUGUGAGAGCGGAAAAGGAGCGGUUCAGACAGACAAGGAUCGCGGAGGAAAGGCAGAGGAAGGAGGAGGAGGAGGCCAAGAAGAGGGCAGAGGACGACGCCAAAAAGAAGAUGGUGCUCUCCAACAUGGGGGCUCACUUUGGAGGAUUCUUGGCUAAGGUAGAACAGAAGAGGGGCAAGAAGCAAACUGCCAGGGAGAUCAAGAAGAAAACACUAGCUGAGAGGAAGAUGCCGCUUGGUAUCGACAAUCUACGGGAAGAUGGCUUGAGAAAGAGAGCCGGGGAGAUGUGGGAGUGGAUCUACCAGCUGGAGUCUGAGAAAUUUGAACUGUCUGAGAAGAUGAAGAGGCAGAAGUAUGAGAUCAACGUCCUCCUGAACAGAAUCCACCACGCUCAAAAGUUCAAAAAGGUGCACGGUAAAGGGAAGGUUGGAGGACGCUGGAAGUGAGUCCACACCCUAAUGAAGGCAAGGUCUACGCAGUGUUGUACCAAAUGACAUGAAUAAAUGACUGUGUGGCAUGCAGUUACACAGUUGUAUUCCUCG